AUGUGUGUAGGCUCGAUUGUCGUUGUCGAAUGCAGCGCCUGUGGCUCUGAAGAGGAGAUUCAUGCUUAUCUUGGCUGUGCCACAGGUGAACAUGCCAGAUCCGGCUGGGCCGCCCGUGAAGACUCUAUCAUCAGUUGGUCAACUCACAUUAUUUCUCGAUGCGAUGAGUGCUCUGACUUUGCCACUGACUCUUCCUCAGACUCCGACUCCGACUCCGUCCGCAGCUUUCAAUCCGACUCUGACUACGACAGCGAGGUCAUUGAUCCUUCUACUGCUGUUCCUACCCUUUACUACUCUGUUGGUCGAGCUUCCGUCAUGACCGGGGCCUGGUACACACGUGCCGUCUCGUCCAUUGGACCGUUCGCUGAGGCCAUGGGCAAUCUGAUCGACCGCGCUGUUACUCUCAAGAACUCCCCUCAGGCCACCGCUCUCAAACAGGUCAUCGAGCUCAUCAUGCUCGAAUGCGACUGCUGGCAAAGCUGGCUCGACUCCGAGAACACUCGUGCUAUUGAGACUGAAGAGAAGCUUUCCGAAGUCCUCAAUAUUACUGGUGUUACUGCUGAAAUCAACGCAAAGAAUGUCGAGGACAUGACUGCUGAGAUGAUGGAGUUGUACUGUAAUUUGACCACUUUCCACGUUCACUAUGAUGUCGAUUACAAUGUUGGUAGGUUUUCGGGCUAUGUGCCUGUUAUUGCUGCUGCUCUUGAUCAGCUCGAGGCUGAUGAGUUUGUCGCUGACAUUGCUGCUGCUGAAGCUUUCUUGAAUCUUUGGUAG